AGGGUGGUUGGGGAGAUCAUCUUUCAGGGUGCUGUGCCUGGACUUUCAGUGCUGGGAAUGAGACCCAAGCCCGCAUGGGCUCUUCUGAUCUUGAGACCCUCUGAUGGUGACUGGGUUGCCAGGGGGAAGUUCUUGUGGCCCGGGCCUGUUCCUGGGACUUCUGCUUCUUGGUUGGCAUCUCUGUAGCAGGUUCGAGGAGCAGAGUGAUGUCUCUGGUUUUGGUCCUCUGCCUCAGCCACCUGGAGGAGCCCCCACGGCAGAGAAAUGGGAGGGCAGUGUGGGGUCGAGGCCAGCACCAGCUGCCUUGGGCCGGACCAGGUGGUCAGAUGGUGGUAAAGGGUAGGGGGAUGGUGACAGCGACGAAGGUGGCAAUCUGGGACUGAAUUGUGCCCAGAAACCUCAGAAUCCAUGGCUGUUCUGGGCUCCCUUUCCCCAGACGCACAUUCUGUCUGGUAGAUGGAGGGGAACCGUGCAGGGAGUAAAAUAGGAAUAGAGAAUGAGGGAAGGUAGCCCAGCUCUCACGGCACAUCCAGCCUGACAUAGCCCCCCUUUUGGGGGCCGGGGUGGGUCCUCCUCACCCGAGUGGACAACCCCCCGAUGGUACCUGCCAGAACGCACCUGAACUCAGGCUACUCCCUUCUGCCGCCUCCCCCUUGAAAUGAGUACAGAUCGGAUGUUCUCUCAAGCUGAGACCCUGUGUGCACAACCCUCAGGGCCGGUGACAGCGGACAGGGGAAGAUGGCAGGGAAGGCCUGGGGGACAUGACCCCAAGAAGAGCGGGAACAGGACAAGAGGGAGGAGACUCUAAAUUAUCCAUCAGCACAGGCCGGCCAGUGGCCCGAUGCAUAAAUGUAUAGAGAAAAUAAGUGGGGGCGGAGGGGGAUAGAGAAGGGACCAGGGUAUAAAAAGGGCCCGCAAGGGACUGAUUCCAGGAUCCCAGCACCCGGCUCCCCAAACCGCUCAGGGUCCUGUGGACGGCUCAUCCCCAGCUGUGAUGGCUGCAGGUAAGUGCCCCUAAAAUCCCUUUGGGUUCAGUGUAUACUGAGGCACAAGGCGGUGGCCCGGCAUGUGGACGGGGACACUAACCCUGGGCUUUGGGGCUGCUGAAUGUGAGCAGAGACAUCUAUGCCCAGACAUUUGGCCAAGUUUUAAAUGUUCUCCGUCCCUGGUGGGGGGAGGGGAAGGGCUGACGGGAAACAGAGGCCUCUUGCUGUCUGGGCCCCGGCCUCGCCCUCCGGGUCCCUCUCUGUAGGCCCUCGGAACUCUGUGCUCCUGGCGUUUGCCCUGCUCUGCCUGCCCUGGCCCCAGGAGGUGGGCGCCUUCCCAGCCAUGCCCUUGUCCAGUCUGUUUGCCAACGCCGUGCUCCGGGCCCAGCACCUGCACCAGCUGGCCGCUGACACCUACAAAGAGUUUGAGCGGGCGUACAUCCCGGAGGGACAGAGGUAUUCCAUCCAGAACGCGCAGGCUGCCUUCUGCUUCUCGGAGACCAUCCCGGCCCCCACGGGCAAGGACGAGGCCCAGCAGAGAUCCGACGUAGAGCUGCUCCGCUUCUCCCUGCUGCUCAUCCAGUCGUGGCUCGGACCCGUGCAAUUCCUCAGCAGGGUCUUCACCAACAGCCUGGUGUUCGGCACCUCGGACCGGGUCUACGAGAAGCUCAAGGACCUGGAGGAAGGCAUCCAAGCCCUGAUGCGGGAGCUGGAAGAUGGCAGCCCCCGGGCCGGGCAGAUCCUGAAGCAAACCUACGACAAGUUUGACACAAACUUGCGCAGUGACGACGCGCUGCUCAAGAACUAUGGGCUCCUGUCCUGCUUCAAGAAGGACCUGCACAAGGCUGAGACGUACCUGCGGGUCAUGAAGUGUCGCCGCUUCGUGGAAAGCAGCUGUGCCUUCUAGUUGCUGGGCAUCUCGGUUGCCCCCUCCCCAGCGCCUCCCCUGACCCUGGAAAGUGCCGCUCCAGUGCUCA